AUGGAUGUUCGAGAUGAAAUUGACAUGAACAAGCUACAAAAUCCAACGAAAAGCAAAAAUAUUGGAAGAUCUAGUAAAGAGCCAAAAAUCGGCACUGAAAAGCAAUCAGACAUGACGGAAACUGGACAUACAAAAUUGAGAGAAAUUGAAACUGAAAAGCAAAUAGACACAGUCCAUGAAGGAGAUGAGAAAUCUUCAUCAAAAUCCCAGCCAGAAGUUCAAAAAACAUCAAGUGAAGUAGAUCAGGAAGGUCCUUCAAAAUCUUUGGGGCAACAUGUUAGUGAAACAACUUUUAGCAAAGAGCAUAAAGCAGAACAACAAAAAAAAAGGGCUGCAGAAAGGGUAGCUGCAGCUGCUGCAAAGGCCAGCAAAGAAGCUGAGGAAAGGAUAGCUACACUUGCCGUAGCAGCACAAAUAGAAGCUGAGAAAAGGGCACCUGCAGCUGAUGCAGAAGCCAAAAGAGUCGCUGAGGAAAAGGCAUCUGCGGCUGAUGCAGAAGCCAAAAGAGUGGUUGAGGAAAAGGCAUCUGUAGCUGAUGCAGAAGCCAAAAGAGUGGGUGAGGAAAAGGCAUCUGCAGCUGAUGCAGAAGCCAAAAGACAGGUUGAGGAAAAGGCAUCUGCAGUUGAUGCAGAAGCCCGAAGAGAGACUGAGGAAAAGGCAUCUGCAGCGGCUGCAGAAGUCCGAAGAGAAGCUGAGCAGAAAGAAGCUGAAAACAAGAGGAUGGAGGUUAAUAAGAAAAAGGAAGAAGAAGAUAAAGCUGAAGCAAUGAAGAAGGAUACUGAGAAAAGGAAGAAAGAAUAUGAAGAUAUAAUAAGCCAGCUUAUGGCUCAGAACAACAAAGAGUUGAUAGAGGAAGCAACAAGGAAAGAAGCUGAGAGAAAGAAAAAAGAAAAUGAUGAUGCCACAAAAGCAAUUGCCAAAGUGGUUGAAAAUGUAAAUGUUUUCGAGAGUGAAGGUCAAACCAAUAGUGGUAAUGGCACAAAAAGAGGAAGGAAGACAACAGCUAGCAAGAAGAAGACUAUUCAAAAUAUAACUAUUGAUGAAGCACUACAAAAGAAGUUGCACAACAUAUCAGAUUCAUACAACCCGAGAAGAAAUACAAGAUCAAUGGUGAAAGUGCAAGAAAAUGUUUGUGCUGAAAUAGUUAGCAAAGAAGAAUUUGAAGGCAAAGAUGUUUCUGAAGUUACUUCCAAAGUAACAAAUACUCCAAAGAAAAGGAAGGGGGCUGAGAAAGAAGAUGAGGAUGAGCCUGUGGAUGUUGAGAUCAUAAAAACAAAAAAGCAAAAAGGACUUGAGAAAAAAGCAUCUGUUAAUGGAAGAAUUCUUCCUCUUAGGACUGCAAUGAAAAGAAAGAAGAAAAAUGAUAUUGAAGAAGUGAGAGAUGAACAGAAAACAGGACAUGCAAAAGUCAUUGUUCAAGGGAAAAGGAAAAUGAAAGAUAGUUUGAAAAAAAGAAAAGAACAAGAAGAAGAGGUUCAAGAAGAAGAGGAAUUAGAGGGAGAUGACGAAGAGGAGGAAGAUAAUAUUAUCCGAUACGAAUCAUAUUUCCGUUUUCAGCAAUAUCUUCGAUUUCGAUGA